AUGGUUCUCGAACGCGUGAAGCAGCUGGCCCAGCAGGUUUCCAACACCGUUUCUCCUCCUCACCCUCUUGAUCCCCUAACGACAUUAGAGAUCGACACGGCUGUUUCUCUUCUUCGCGCACAACACGGCAAACUAUAUUACAAUGCCGUCACAUUGUUCGAGCCUCCCAAGGCCCAGAUGGUGCAAUGGUUGGCUGAUCCCGAGCAUACUCAACGACCUCAUCGUAUUGCCGAUGUCGUAGUCAUCUCCACAGAUGGCAAGGUUUUCGACGGUCAUGUUGAUCUCAACGAGCAGAAGGUCAUCUCAUGGGAAGAAACCCCCAAUGUUCAGCCGUUGAUCACCAUGGAAGAUCUUCAGGCUGUUGAGCACGUGGUUCGUGAAGAUCCAGGGGUUAUUGAGCAGUGUGCCCUGAUCGGUAUUCCUCGUGAGGACAUGCACAAGGUCUAUUGUGAUCCUUGGACCAUUGGCUACGAUGAACGUUUCGGUACCGGAGUCAGACUACAACAGGCAUUGAUGUACUACCGACCACAUGUUGACGAUUCUCAAUAUUCAUUUGCUUUGGACUUCUGCCCAAUUUACGACUCAAACAAGCAGAAGAUCAUUCAUAUUGACGUGCCCAAGGUUCGCCGCCCAGUCAGCAAGGCGCCGCCCAACAAUUACCAUGUUAAAUCGAUCGAGGACCAAGGUGGCUUCAGGACUGAUUUGAAGCCUAUCAACAUCACUCAACCUGAAGGCGUUAGCUUCACGAUGAAAGGCCGAACGAUUGAAUGGCAAAACUGGUCAGUUCAUAUCGGCUUCAACUACAGAGAAGGAAUCGUCCUCAACAACAUCAGCUACUUUGAUAAAGCUGAGAACAAGGUCCGCCCAAUCUUCUACCGACUCUCCCUUGCCGAGAUGGUUGUCCCAUACGGCAAUCCUGAGCAUCCUCAUCAACGAAAGCACGCCUUCGAUCUCGGCGAAUAUGGCGGCGGUUACAUGACCAACUCGCUGGCACUGGGCUGUGACUGCAAGGGAAGCAUUCACUACCUCGACUUUGACUUUGUCAAUAGAGCCGGCGCAGCCAACACAAUUAAGAAUGCCGUCUGUAUCCACGAAGAAGAUAACGGCAUCUUAUUCAAGCACACCGACUUCCGUGACGACUCGGUCAUUGUCACGCGUGCUCGAAAACUCAUCAUCUCACACAUUUUCACAGCCGCCAACUACGAAUAUUGCGUCUACUGGAUCUUCCAUCAGGAUGGCACUAUCCAACUCGAGAUCAAACUGACCGGUAUCCUGAACACCUACCCCAUGAACCCCGGCGAGGACACCAAGGGCUGGGGCACCGAAGUCUACCCUGGUGUCAACGCGCACAACCAUCAGCACCUGUUCUGCCUGCGUAUCGAUCCAAGCGUGGACGGACAGAAGAACACGGUAUUCCAGGUCGACGCCGCGCGGGGCGCCGGCGAACCGGGCUCAGCCGAGAACUUCUACGGCAAUGCCUUCUACGCAAAGAAGACCAAAUAUACAACACCGACCGAGGCGAAGGCCAACUACGAGGGAAGCUCUUCAAGAACCUGGGAUAUCUCCAACGAGAACAAGCUCCACCCGUACAGCAAGAAACCCUCAACAUAUAAACUCGUGAGCCGAGAGGUUCCCGAUCUCCUGCCCAAAGAGGGCUCGCUCGUGUGGAAGCGUGCUGGGUUUGCACGACACGCCGUUCACGUCACCAAAUACGAUGACGCCCAAAUCCAUCCCGCAGGCCGCCACGUGCCACAGACCUCGGGUGAGCCGUCGCAAGGCCUACCGGCAUGGAUCGCCAGCAAUCCGAACCAGAACAUCGCCAACGAGGACAUUGUGCUCUGGCACACCUUCGGCCUGACCCAUUUCCCCGCCCCAGAAGACUACCCCGUCAUGCCCGCCGAGCCCAUGACCCUGCUGCUGCGGCCGCGCAACUUCUUCCUCAGAAACCCCGCCCUCGACGUCCCGCCCAGCUACGCUCGUACGCCCAGCCAGGUCGCCGCUGGCAAGACCGGUUGCUCUUCAUGCGUCGAUAAGGCCAGUGUGUUGGUUUAG